AUGGCUCCUACGAAAAGACCGCCGAAUACGGCGGCCUCCCUUGAAAGACUCAAAGCUGAAGUGCAGGCCAAGCUGGAAGCCGGCAACCUGAAUCGCAAGUUCCAACGGCAUGGAGAUGCAUUCAAUCGUUCACUGUUGAUGAACAUUCUGCUGCUCUUCUCGUAUCUCGAUCCCAUGACUCUAGCAGAGCUGCGAGACAACUGGCUUCAAUAUCUCGACCAGCAGAGACGGCUCAACGCUACCGUACACCGCAUGGAAGGGGCUGCUUUCUUCAUCAUUACGACUAAUCCUUUGCCCACCUGGAACAUCAAGAGCUCGGGCGCCUGGUUGGCAAAGCUAGAAAGCUGGGCGAAGGAGGUGUUGGGUCCGGAUGGAAUGACGUACACGCUCGUGGGAUUUGGCACAAGUUGGUCCGACGAAGACGAAGCCACCACGCCGGUUCUUGGUGCAAUGAAGGAAGUCCUAGAGCGCAUUUCAAUUCCGCUGAGCAUGUUAACGAACGACUGGAUGCACAAACUGCUAUCGGCUUGCACACGGAUUGUGCUCCCGGAGGCCUACCGUUUUGAAGCACUUGGGCUACGUCCUCUGGAGUGGUCAUCAAAGGAGAAGGCCAUCAUGAUGAGUCUUGAUGUACCGCUGGACUAUGUCGCAAACUUGGGAAGCAAUGACCCAGCCCCCGUUCAGGCCCCGUUCAGGUACGACUUCAAAAUGGCCAUUCCAAGCGACACACCCGACGAAUGUGCAGACUUGGAGGUCGACCCGUUUUUUAGCUUCAACUUCUCCGAUGAAGUCUACGAGCAUGCCACAGAUGCCCAGCAAGCCCUCGCCAAAUUUAUCUAUGCACACUGUGCUAGAUACGCCAUGAGCCAGUUCGAAGCCAUCGUCCUCGCACAGGCGCUCAUGAAUCAACAUACGAAGAAGCAUUCCAGCUUGACUUUCAACAAGGACGUCCUCAAUCUGCCUUCCCCAAACAUACUCCGUGAAUAUCGCACAUACAUGCCCGAUAUCUUCGGUGGUGGUGAACACUCUCAAGAUAUCCGCGAAGCCAUCUCCAGAUACACGAGCUUGGUGCUGGACGAACACUUGAAGCAACAGCAAAAGGAAAACCGCACAGCUGGUCUUCUCAUGGAGGGAAAAGUCAAGGCACGCGAGCAAUGCGCAAUCUUGCAGCAGCGCAUGUCUAAGAUGCGGACCAAGCUCUCCAACUCCGUCACGACUGGCAUGCGCUCUGGGCUCCUGAAGCUCGUGCGAGGAAAAUCGGAUAGCCCGGAGCAGCUCAUGAAGACCAGGAUGGAAAACCUCGAGCGAGAGGUGAAGGCCAGGGUCGACAUCCUCGAACGGGAGGUGAAGGACAGGCUGGCACUUUUGGACUAUGAACCAUCGGAGAAGGUCAAGCAGGAGCUGAAGGACUUUGUCAAGAAACCGUAA